AUGUCCCAGCCGGGGAUUCCGGCCUCCGGCGGCGCCCCGACAGCUCUCCAGGCCCAGAACGGGGCCGCCUCGACCUCGGGGUCUCCCUACACCAACGGUCCUGUCCAAAAUGCAUUGAUGUCUUCACCUGUAUCAGUGAGCCAAGGAUAUAAUUCUCAGCUUCCAGAAUCCUACCCUCAUCUAAUACCAGCAAAGACUUCUUUGAAUCCAGUCUCUGGACAGUCUAACUAUGGUGGUUAUCAGACUGCUUCUCCACUAAGUAUUUAUCAGGGACCUGGGCAGACUCUUAAUAGACCACCCAUGGCUUCUAAUACAGUGAUACCGUCACUCCAUAGUGGUCCUGUUUCCCGAAUGCCACCAGUUGCUUCUCAGAACUCAGCUGCUACACCAAUGCCUUCUGGCAGUUUUCUUCCUGGAAUCAACCAACCACCACCUCCCUUGAAUUGGCAAUAUAACAUUCCAUCUAUAGGAUCACAGUCAAACCACUGUCCCCGUGUAUCAACUCAACCAACGGUAUCUGGGAAUACAAAUUUAACAACAAAUCAUCAAUAUAUUUCUUCUGGAGAUCCUUCACUUCAAAACAGCCACUUAAAAUCAGGUUCUACACCCCCUUUAGUGAAUCCACCUCUGCCUACUACUUGUCAACCAGGAGCUCCUCUUGGCGUCCCUCUAACUAGAGGCCCACCUCCAGUUAGGACCCCUGCUCCCCAGACAGCAUUACAUAGUGCUGUACCCCAAUCCUCAUUUAAUUCAGCUAUAAACCAAGAAGGUGGUACAUUAAAUACCAAUAAUGGAUUUAUGGGUGUCCAUAACAGUUAUGAUGAAAUUGAAGGCGGUGGCUUCUUGGCAACACCACAGCUUCCUAGCAAGAAUCCAAAAAUGGGCCGAAGUGUUGGAUAUUCAUAUCCUUCCUUACCACCUGGUUAUCAGAACACAGCACCAACUAGUACAACUGGAAUGGCACCCUCUUCCUUGAAUUACCCAAGUGGACCGCAGGCCUUUACUCAGACUCCCUUAGGUGCUAAUCAUUUAGCUGCAAGCAUGAGUGGAUUAAAUCUACAUCCAGAAGGUUUAAGAGUUAUCAAUCUUCUUCAAGAAAGAAACAUGCUUCCAUCAACACCUUUGCAGCCUCCAGUUCCAAAUUUGCAUGAAGACAUCCAGAAACUUAAUUGUAAUCCAGAGUUAUUUCGAUGUACCCUGACUAGCAUUCCUCAGACUCAGGCCUUACUGAAUAAAGCCAAACUUCCUUUGGGACUGCUGCUUCAUCCUUUCAAAGACCUAGUGCAAUUGCCUGUGGUUACCUCCAGUACAAUUGUGAGAUGCCGUUCAUGCAGGACAUACAUCAAUCCUUUUGUCAGCUUUCUAGACCAAAGGAGAUGGAAAUGUAAUUUAUGUUACCGAGUCAAUGAUGUUCCUGAAGAGUUUAUGUACAACCCUUUGACCCGAGUUUAUGGAGAACCUCACAGAAGACCUGAAGUUCAGAAUGCUACUAUUGAGUUUAUGGCUCCUUCUGAAUACAUGUUACGACCACCUCAACCUCCAGUGUACCUCUUUGUUUUUGAUGUGUCUCACAAUGCAAUUGAAACUGGAUACUUGAAUUCAGUUUGCCAGAGUUUGUUAGACAAUCUGGAUUUGCUUCCUGGCAACACUAGAACAAAAAUUGGCUUCAUAACAUUUGACAGUACAAUCCAUUUCUACAGUCUUCAAGAAGGUCUCUCUCAACCACAGAUGCUAAUAGUUUCAGAUAUUGAAGAUGUUUUUAUACCUAUGCCAGAGAACUUACUAGUAAAUUUAAAUGAAAGUAAAGAGCUUGUCCAAGAUUUACUGAAAACUUUGCCACAAAUGUUUAACAAGACUCUGGAGACACAGUGUGCCUUGGGCCCUGCACUUCAGGCUGCCUUUAAGUUGAUGUCCCCAACUGGUGGUCGAAUGUCUGUCUUUCAAACACAACUCCCAACUCUUGGGGUGGGAGCCUUGAAACCACGAGAGGAACCCAACCAAAGGUCAUCUGCUAAGGAAAUACAUCUGACACCAUCUACCGACUUCUAUAAGAAAUUGGCCUUAGACUGUUCUGGUCAACAGGUAGCAGUGGACUUAUUCCUUCUCAGUGGACAGUAUUCUGAUUUGGCUUCUCUGAGUUGUAUUUCUCGGUAUUCAGCAGGUAGUGUCUAUUACUAUCCCUCUUACCACCAUCAGCACAACCCAGUCCAAGUACGGAAGUUACGGAAAGAAUUACAGAGAUACUUCACUCGGAAGAUUGGCUUUGAAGCAGUCAUGAGGAUUCGGUGCACCAAAGGUCUUUCCAUUCACACUUUCCAUGGGAACUUCUUUGUUCGGUCAACAGACUUACUAUCUUUGCCCAAUGUAAAUCCAGAUGCUGGGUAUGCGGUACAGAUGUCCGUAGAAGAGAGUCUUACUGAUACUCAGUUGGUUUCUUUUCAGUCAGCACUAUUGUAUACAUCCAGCAAAGGUGAAAGAAGAAUCCGUGUCCAUACUUUGUGUUUACCGGUAGUUUCAACUCUGAAUGAAGUCUUUCUUGGAGCUGAUGUUCAAGCAAUUUCAGGGUUGUUGGCCAAUAUGGCUGUUGACAGAUCUGUCGCUGCCAGUCUGAGUGAUGCUCGUGAUGCCCUAGUGAAUGCCGUCAUAGACUCUCUCUCAGCUUAUCGGUCGUCAGUCCUGAGUAACCACCAACCUGGACUCAUGGUUCCUUUUUCUCUGCGACUCUUCCCACUCUUUGUGUUGGCGCUCCUCAAACAGAAAUCAUUCCAGACUGGGACAAAUGCUCGUCUAGACGAACGCAUUUUUGCUAUGUGUCAAGUGAAAAAUCAGCCCUUGGUUUAUCUUAUGCUAACAACUCAUCCCAGUUUGUAUAGAGUUGACAAUCUCUCAGAUGAGGGAGCACUCAAUGUCAAUGAAAGAACCAUACCUCAGCCCCCUAUUCUUCAGCUGUCAGUGGAAAAGCUGAGCAGGGAUGGAGCUUUUCUCAUGGAUGCAGGCUUUGUAAUGAUGCUUUGGGUUGGAAAAAAUUGUGGACAGAAUUUUCUCAGCCACGUUCUAGGAGUUCAGAACUAUGCAUCAAUUCCACAGACUAUGACAGAUCUUCCAGAACUUGAUACACCAGAAUCUGCCAGAACAAUAACUUUCAUCUCUUGGCUUCGAGAACAGAGACCUUUUUUUCCAAUACUUUAUGUAAUAAAGGAUGAGAGUCCAAUGAAGGCAAUCUUCCUUCAAAACAUGAUAGAAGACAGAACAGAAUCUGCAUUAUCAUAUUAUGAAUUCCUCUUGCAUAUACAGCAGCAAGUGAAUAAAUGA